AUGGCCCAACCACGCCCUUGUCCUGACCAAGCAAAAAGAGGUCGUCCUCGAAAAUACAAUUCUACCGAAGAAAGAAAAGCAUCCAGGGCCGUGCAACAGCGGAACCAGCGCCAGUCCACGCGCGCUGCGCAACGGGCCCAGGAAUUUAAUCAAUACUAUUCCCUAGAUGUGCCUCUGUCUACCGAGAUCCAUGAGGCCCCACCAACAUACUUCCCUCCUGGGGAACACUCCAUCGCCACUGAAAUUGAGCAACUUCUAGCACCCCUGAGCCCUGGCCUUGGGCCAUGGGAAGAACCUAUGUUAGCAGAUCCGCCUAUCAGUCCCGACCCUGCUCCACCCAUCUUGCCUGAAGGUGCACCCAACCAGCCGACCCAAACCGAUCCUAUACUUGAUACACCUGGAAACUCUCACCAAGCAACAGAGCCUACUCUGGAUUCUGUGCCGGAUCCAUCCAGGUCUCCUCCCACCAACCCAGCUGAUCAGAUCCAUGGCCUUGCGCAGGCUCUGACUGAUCAACUCCAGGAACACCAUGGCUGUUGUCUCCAGUGCCACGCGCAGCAAGAGCGAGAACAUGAAACCCAGCAUGCUGAGCAUCCGGGCCUGGGAGUGUACCUGGGUCGGGUACAGGCUGACGGGGGGUAUCCGGAUGCUCUGAGCGCGAUGACUAUGGCUAGGCGUGAGGAGAAUCUGGCAGGGCAAACCAGUGCCGCGCGCAAGCGGGAGAUCUACACUGGAAUUCGCCCGGCUGCAGCAGACUCCCACCCGGUCCAUGUCUGCCUGGAUGCCGACCACCAGACAGGAAGCCAGACUGGGGUGACCUUUGAUAUCGAUAGUAUCAUGGGGUUUGCGCAUAGCCUGGCAGUGGCCAAAUUAGGGGUGCGGUGGAACCCGACCCAGAGGCCUGUCUCUGAUCUCCAUUCCAGCCUGCACCUUGAUCCCCGUCCUGUACACCAAGUUAGUCGUGAGGGCCGUGCUCACUAUACCCGGCAGCCGGUACAUCAGAUCCCACAUUAUACAUUUGGCCGGGUGGUAGGGUUUGAGGAUAUCUCAUUGUACUUCCUGUUCCCCCGACUAUACCGGGAGGAGCAGCAAUCCAGCCGUCUCCAGGAGCAGGACUUCCGGGUCUGGAUGGACCAGGUCCUCCUCCCUGCCAUUUACCAACACUAUGAUGGCUCUCUCGUCCAGCAUUACCCAUCCAGCUUUGACCACAGUCGGUUCAAUGCCACGGCCCGGGGUGUCGAGAUGCGUUCCCAGCGGGUAGAUCCGGUUGCCCGGGAACAGCUUCUAUUCUACUUCCUCCCACCUGAUGCCCUCCCGCUGGUGUGGACGAGUAUUCAGGAGACGAUCCAGCAGGCCGGGCUUCAGCAAUUCUUGGAUCUGACUAUUCUGAUCCAGGGGAAAAAUCUCAAGACCCUGAGUAAGGCUGAAACCUGGGAGGGCAUGAUGCAGCGGUUUGGUCAGCACUGGGAUAAUACAAUUAAUCCAGCCGACCUGUCUGACCAUUGCUACGUGGAUAUUGGCAAGGAGACCUGUCCGACCGGCACGUCCCAGGUUGGUGGGCCUGGUCUGCUUGCAUCGCGGCUCGGUGCAGACCCGGUAUCCCCUGUCCGUCCGCCGGGGCAACAGACCCUCCUCUGGAGGCGAUGCUGCUUGGACUCCUAUGGCGCGUGGAUCCAGCAGCAGCAUCCGCCCCAGUCCGCGCCCCCCAAGCAACAGUUCUACCCGAUCAGCUUGCUUCACGACACAGGUAGCCUGACACUGGAGACCCGUCGAUCCUCCCCACAGCGGCGGGCGGGCCUCCUCUAUACCCAGCUGUACUCCAGCGUCAAGGAGGUCUUUGCAGCCGGGGAUGUGUACCCAUUUUCCAACCCCUCCCUGGAGACGUUGGCGCUGGAUCCCCAACUGCACAAAACCUGGCAGCAUGUUGGCGGGGGUCUGAGCCAUGACCCGGUUGCGUUAGUGCGGGCGUAUCUGAACAUGAAGCAGCGGUGCCAUGCAGCCCUGCAGGGUUCCUAUAUGAAGGUCUUUGGCCUUCGCGAAGAACACCGGGUGUCACUCCCCCUCUACCAUGCGAUCGACCGGGAAUUCCGAGCGCGUCAUCUCCAUCAGUCCCGCCUCCCUGGUGUUUUGUCCGGGCGGGAGCCAUUCUACUCCCUGCCAACCUCGACCCUCCUCUUCUGGAUCUACUGGAAUAUCAAUAAAUUCUGUGUCGGGUUUGAGAUGGUUCAUAGCCUGAAUGACCGCCAUUUUGUUACCUGGGAGCAUACUCGGGUGAUGAUGAUGUUCCUGCGCUGCCUGCAGUUCUCCUACGCGGGUGGCCUGGUCCAGCGGGUGUCUGGGUGCUGGCGGGACGUCUGGUUCCGGCCGGAUGCGCGACGGCCGGAUGGGCUCCGCCGGUGUGAAGGUCUUGGAUUUCAGAGGCAGAUGAAAGAGUACGGGUACGCCUGGUUUCUGGAUAAGCUGAACUGGGAUACUAUGACCUUCUGCCAGCCAUCCGCGCAGUAUAUGAUGUUCAACAGCCCUUCCAUGCAGACAGCGUACCGGGCCCGGUAUGCCCAGAUCCGAGAUGUCCGGCUGGACUUCCUCCGGGUGCACCAGGCACACCAAUGGAUGGAAGAAUUCAGCUCUGUUUCCCCUUGUCUUGAUCUCCUCCAAGACUUCCUGCGACAACUUGCCCUCUGUGUAUUUCGAAAAGAUGUCUUUUUUCAGGUGAAGCGGUUAUUACACCCGGACCAUGCGCCCCGUGCUUUAGCAGGAGAGGUUCCCUUGAGCUAUGACAGUAUCACUGAUGUCUUCCUGGAGGGCGCCCAGCCAAUCCAGCUGCUAGACCAGCGGCGGGUAGCAGUGAAGAGUAUACACUCCCUCAUUGCGUGGCUGUGGGAGUGGAAAGAUGGCCGCCAGGAUUGA